AUUCAAAGUGACUAUUACAACUAAGCAUGGCUAAAUUAUUGAGGGUGGUCGUGUUACUAGUCCUCUGCGCCUCCGCAGUGUGGUGCCUUAGCGAUUACGAUGACGAUGAAGGGGAAGCCCCAUCAAAAACGGUGGUGUCAGAAGUCGAUGCCAGAGGACAUCGCCCACUUCUACCUGGGCAAAAACCAGCUCCCACCCGAAGACCCCCUCCACCUCCUGUAAGUGGAAGUGGCUACAGAGCACGUCCCACCAAGCCUCCAGCAAAAGGACAGAAGAAGGAAGCCGUUGUAUAUCCCGAUGAAGGAGGCUGUAAACAUGCAUAUGAAGAAUUGGGAGAAUUAUGUCCAACUGGUUGUGAACUGAAGAAGGCAGUUAUUAAACAAGAGAAGACUGUGAAAGAUGGCCUGACUUCAAUACGUCCCAGAGUAGAGUCACUUUCACACUCAUCAACCAAUAUCUACAAGUAUGCUUCCCUGCUUGGAGACAAGGUGAAGGAAAGACAGCAGCAAACUCAAGAUAAUCAGAAUGUUGUAAAUGAAUACAGUGAAGAUCUGGAGGAGCAGUAUACUUAUAUCAAAGAAAAUCUGGAUAACAACAUCCCAUCCAACCUCCGUAUUCUCCGCCAGGUGUUGGAAAACCUUCGAUCCAAAAUCCAGAAACUGGAAGCCACCAUAUCCACCCAGGUCGACAACUGCAAGUCUCCAUGUGUUUCAUCAUGCAAUGUUCCAGUGGUAUCUGGCAAAGAGUGCGAAGAAAUCUUCAGGAAGGGUGGAGAGACAUCAGAGAUGUACAUGAUUCAACCAGAUGGAUUCUUCCGACCAUUCAAGGUUUAUUGUGACAUGACCACACAAGAUGGAGGGUGGACUCUGAUCCAGAACAGACAAGAUGGCAGUGUUGGCUUUGGUAGAGCAUGGGAUUCCUACAAGAAUGGAUUUGGAAAUAUUGCUCGUGAUGGCGGCAAAAACAUCUGUGACAUGCCAGGUGAAUUCUGGGUGGGUAAUGACAAGAUUAGCCAACUUACAAAUCUGGGACCCACUGAAGCUUUGAUUGAAAUGGAAGAUUGGAAUGGCCAAAAAGUAUCUGCUCAGUACACCGCUUUUACUGUACAAAAUGAGGCAAAUAAAUAUCAGCUUUCCGUCAGUGGCUACAAAGGAAAUGCAGGCAAUGCACUUCUAGAAGGGGCAUCACAACUGAAAGGAGAAAACAAAACCAUGACAAUACACAAUGGCAUGUACUUCAGCACAUACGACAGAGACAACGAUGGAUGGUUGACUGCAGAUCCCAACAAACAGUGCUCUAAAGAAGAUGGUGGUGGAUGGUGGUACAAUAGAUGCCACUCCGCUAACCCCAAUGGCAGAUAUUACUGGCUUGGUCAUUACACAUUUGAUAUGACAAGGCAUGGAACAGAUGAUGGUGUGGUAUGGAUGAACUUUAAGGGUUCUUGGUACUCAAUGAAGAAGAUGAGCAUAAAGAUCAGACCAUACUUCAGUUAAUAAGUGAGAAGAAGCUGUGCCAAAGCCUAAGCAAUACCAACGGGCUUCAAAAACACAAUCAACUUCAAGUGGCUUAUAUUGUUGUUAAUAAUGAACACAGCAUUGAUGUGGAAACCUAAAAUGAACACAAGAUACGACUGCUAACUCCAAGAGACAUGCAUAGCAAGUCUCUAUGGUAUAUAUUUAUGAAAGUGCAAUAGUCUGUUUAAGAUACUAUAGGGACAAUUAAAAAAAAAAGUGGAGUGAA